AUGAACCAAAACUGCAGACAUAAAAGUGUGAAUGGCGACCCGAAGCUGGCGCCUCCGCCGGGGCAGACGUUUGAGACUGGACAGCGCGCGAACUUCGAGCCGAGACUGCUGCCUGCAGACUCAUUGAUGUAUCGGUUCUACAAUCCGGGUUCAGAAAAUGCAUCGACGGCUGCGACUGCUACCCAGCCGCUGCCUUCGCUAAAAGAGAUGAUACACACAUCCGAGCCUGCAGUUCCACCACUGGGCCCGCGCGUCACUAACGUCCGACUACCUCCUAUAUAUGUUCCAACCGAACCGCCACAGCUGCCCCCACCACUACGACAGUCUUGUUUCAAGGACACUUUACCUAUGCGUCAGCCGGCUGCUCCGGCAGUACUAACGACGCCAACGCAUUCCGGCGGUUCUAUGCGCCUAUCGUCCCCGUCAUCCCUACCCGCUGCUUUAAUCCAGUACAGGCGCAAUUCAGUUCCCUGCAGGUCACCCAAAAGCCAACAGUCCGUCUCUAUCGAUGCAACUUACUCCCACAGGAAGAGCUCCUCGGUGUGCGAGAUAUGCGGCAAGGACUUCAAACGUCCCAGCGCUGUGCGCACUCACAUGGUCGUCCACAACGACGACAAACCCUACAAAUGCCAGUAUCCUGGGUGUCUCAAAUGCUUCAACGUCAAGAGUAAUAUGUUGCGACAUAUGCGCAAACACAAGCUAGACCCCUAA